AUGACAAACGUGCUGAUGAGGAAGAUGACGACGCAGGCCAUCUACUUGAGGAUACAGAGUCGAAACGGAAAAUGGGCAAGGUUGACGGGUUCUCUGCUCGACGGCCUGCACUGGUCCAAGACGAAGCAAGCACGGAAUCUGUCCCCCACGGGCCACCGACUCAGCAAGGAAGGACGGGAUGGCCCGCUUUGUCUGACGUCACAGGCUCGCCAGGCAGCACUCCAGGCAGCACCCCAGUUCCCGUUCCCCUUGACAGCCAGAUUAGCUGUCUUGCAGCCUGGCAGUCUUGCAGCAUGGCAGUCCUGCAGCAUGGCAGUCCUGCAGCAUGGCAGCUGGACUCUCACCAACAACCCGCUGAUCGAUGGCGGGGCUCUGGCCAGGAGCUUGUUCUUGACACUUUAUCGAUCGUCUUUUGACAGUCGUCGACUCGUCGCCCUGCACAUCACACACGACACUCCUUCCCCUUAUGAGAGGGUCAAGGCCGCGAUCAGCCUCAUCGAUUGGCCUAUGGCUCGACGCAUACUUCAUAUGACAGCGAGCACGAUUGGCGUCGCCGCCGCGAACAUGUUCGCUGCUCCACGCUCCGCAAACGCACGACGACUGGAUGCCGAAAGGGGCGACGAUGUGAUCGGCCGCACGGUCCGUCGGUACGAGGAAAUCUGCCUGGCAAAUGGCAAAUCUGACCACGCCGUCUCACGCUAUCCGGCGGCGGGGCCCCUUUGCGAUCCGGAACCCGAUAUGGAUAUGGACCUCUCUCGUCCCUCCCCUUCACCGGCAAGAGCAUCUGGCAUGGCUCGGGCCAGCUGCUUGCUUGCCACGACGAUGAGUCACUCGCUCGCUAGCUGCGGGUGCGAAACCAGGCUGCCAUGGGAGAAAACCAAGUCCGGCACCGUGGCGGCUCACGAGAAGUCGAGUCGCCAAGGGCCUACAAGCAUCGUUAGGCUGCGUCGUGGGGGCGAAUCCAAUGGCUGA